AUGAAUAUGAAUUAUUAUAAUAAAUAUAAGAAAUUUCGACUUAUCCAUUUUUGUCUUAUAUUUUUUUCAUAUUGUUUAAUAGUACAAGUUAUAUAUUGCUUAAAGAUAAAAACAUCAUAUAAACAUGAAGCUUUGUUAUUAUUAAAAAGUGAUGAUGAGCCUAUAAUUUCUUUAAAUAAAAUGAUUCCUUAUUUAUCUGAAGAGGUUUCUAUAAGUAAAGAUAAUAUUAUGACAAAAAUAAAUGUGGAAAAUAAUAUAUGUAUAGAAUUAAUAAAAAAACAUGAAAACAUAAAUAUGCCUAUAGAAAAAUUUUUUCAUUUUAAUAAUAGAGAAUAUACUAUAGAUAUAGGAAAUAAUAAUAAUAUAUAUAAUUAUACAAAACGUAUUUUGAAUAAUAAAAUAGAUUUUGAAUUAUGUAAUAAAAUAUUAAUAUUUAUCAUUCCUUUUAAUAAGGAUAUGUGUUCUUUUACUUCUUAUAAUAAUUAUUUUUUAUAUAUAAAUUAUUUAAAAGAUGUUAAAAUUGAAUUAAUAUUAAGUGCAUUAGAAAAAUCUAAAUUUGUAUUUCUUAAAAUACCAAAAAUAUUUAAUUUAAAUACUACAAAUGCUAAUUUUAAUGAUAACGAUUAUAUUAUAGAAAAAGGAAUAUUAGAAAAUGAUCUUAUUAAAAUUGAUAUAACAAAAAUUAUUCAACGUUAUAUAUGUAAAAAAUAUUCUCUAUAUAAAUCUGAUGAAGAAAUAAAUGAUGAUGAUAAUAAUGAUAAUAAUAAUAAUGAUAAUCUAGGACAAACAAAAAAUAAUAACUCCAAUAAUGAUAUAUCAGAAAAAGAAAUAAAAAUGGUUCUCAUGACAUCACACACCUUAAGUGAUAUUAUCAUCUUCCCCUCUCUCCUUCAAAAUGUCCAGUCAUUAAAGCAUUACAAAAAUAUUAAAAAUGUUGUAAAAUUAAAAAAAAAAAUAAAAAAAAGGUAUACAGAAUGGGAAAAUUGGUCUCCUUGUUACAACGUAUGUAAUAACAAUUUUUCUUAUAAAUGCAGAUAUUAUAAAUGUCCUACAGAAAAUAAAGAAUUUUGUGAUCAAAAUUUUCAUAUGAAUUUUUCCGAGUGUCCAUUUACACCUUGUGAAGAUCCAAUAAAACAGGAAGAGGGGAAAAAAGAGGAACAAAAGGAUAAAAACAAAUCAAUCAUUAUAAAUCAUGAGAAUAAUAGAGAUCAAGAAGGACCCAUAGAUGAUGAAACCAUGCUCAGAUAUAGAAAAAAUAAAAAAAUUAGUUUUUUUAUGUGGAUCAUAAAUAAUAAAAAAUUGUCUCUUGGUUUAUUGAUAUUUUUUAUAUCAGUCAUAGUCCUUACCUGCAUAUAUUGCUAUAUAAAUUCAACACUCGGUUUUUAUAAUGAUGAAGAAUAUUACGUGUCAAAAUAUACAUAA